CUGUCUGUCUAUCUAUCUAUCUAUCUAUCUAUCUAUCAGACUGCCUAUCUACUAAACUGUCUGUCUAUCUAUCUCUCUAUCUAUCUAUCUGUCUGUCUGUCUGUCUAUCUACUUAUCUAUCUGUCUAUCUAUCUACCUACCUAUCUACUUAUCUAUCUCUGUCUAUCUAUCUACCUAUCUGUCUGUCUAUCUAUCUGUCUGUCUGUCUGUCUAUCUACUUAUCUAUCUGUCUAUCUAUCUACCUACCUAUCUACUUAUCUAUCUCUGUCUAUCUAUCUACCUAUCUGUCUGUCUAUCUAUCUGUCUGUCUGUCUAUCUAUCUAUCUGUCUAUCUAUCUAUCAGACUGUCUAUCUACCAAACUGUCUAUCUAUCUAUCUGUCUGUCUAUCUACUUAUCUAUCUGUCUGUCUAUCUAUCUAUCUAUCUAUCUAUCUAUCAGACUGUCUAUCUACUAAACUGUCUGUCUAUCUAUCUCUCUAUCUAUCUAUCUACCUAUCUACCUAUGUCUAUCUAUCUAUCUAUCUAUCUAUCUAUGCUGCAUGAUUUUCACGAGUCUGUAAUAUAGCUCCACAGUGGGGUACUUUCUGGUUUUUAGAUCAUUUUUAAACCCGAUAGGAUUGGCUUGUCAUGAGAUAUUAUUACACGCUAUCGUAUUAGUCAAUUUAACGUCAACCUUAUUUGUUUAAAUAAUAGCGCUGGAGUCUCGUUUCAGUACUACAUUGCCCAGAUUCCCAACGCGACCCCCACCAAUCAGGGGUGUCGCUGUUACCAUGACAUGUGACCGACGUCGCCCUCUUGGAUUGGUCCGCUAUUUUUUUGUUGAAAAGUUCGUUUUGUGAAAACGAGGCGUGAUAACUCGGACAUCAAGUACCAAUAUUCUAAGAUACUAAUAAGUCAGUUCUAGCGAAAAUAUACUACAAUAUAUUAUUGGUAGUAUCAGGCUGAAAGUGGCCGGUAAACCGACUCGGAGUCAUAUGCAAUGCAUUAUGGGAAUGGUAGUCAUUUUCUCCUUAAAGCCAUGCACACAGGCUGCGUCCGAAACCGCAUACUUACCUACUACACGCCAGAGGGGUAGUAUGUCCGAAUUCUAAGUAGGGGAGAAAUACCCGGAUGGCGUACUGCUUCUGGUGAGAUUUUGCAGUAUGCAACCGGUGCACACUGCGCGGAUCAAACAGCCCCAUGAUGCAACGGGACUGGUGCGGACGAGCUCAGAAAAAUACAACGCGGAAGACAGUGUCGGCUCCUUUUAAGUAUUAAACCUUGGUUAAACCGGUUCUUGUUUAAAAAUACGCGAAUAAAUUGUUAACCUGUUGAAGUUUUUUGUGUCUAUGGUGACGUCGAAGGUCACAUGACAAUGCUAGCAUGGCGGAUAUAGUACGCCCGGGAUUGUAGUCAUAAUACACACACAUACUGAUUAGUACGUUCUGUUUCAACGGUAAUGCAGUGCGUACUGUCACAGAUUGAUUACUGUGACUGAUUUCGGACACAGCCUGCUUUCAUACCGAACGCCAAAUGAUUGAUCGCCUUCAGCUAAUUCACGCCUGCACGAUAGGAGGCGCUGACCGAGAAUGCAUUUUACUCCUGCACACUAGGUGGCGCUGACCGAGAAUGCAUUUUACUCCUGCACACUAGGUGGCGCGACCCAUUAAGAUGCACAGAAAAUAACUUUUUCUUAUUUUAUGUGUAAUUUACCCAGAAAGGGAGGCAUAGAGAUUUUUUUUUUCAACAGCACCAUCAAGCUGUUUUAGUAUAAAUGAAAUAAAGUGAAAUAUAAUAUAAUGCAGUAACACAGUAGUGGGACAAAACCCUGUUUAUUUGUGCUUCUUCUUCUGUAUCGAAGUAUUAUUGAGCCGGUUCUCGUGUAUGGUGCCAUUUGUUUCUUUCAUAUGCUAACAGUUACCAAAUCAUAAUCAACUCUUAAAGAUAACUAAUUUAAUGAGAAAAAAUUUUGGUAUCCCUGCUUCUAAUUUAUUGGACUGUGUCAUUUCAUAUACGCUCAGGAAGGCACAUAAUAUUUUUAAUGAUCCAGACCACCCACUUUCUGGCCUCAGGUAUAGACUACUCAUGUGAAGAAAGGUCAUCUAUGGUAGUUUUGUUCCUAUGGCUAUACAAGCAUUAAACACACGGUAAUCAGCCACUGUGAUGCCAUCUUAUGCUCUGGCAUUGUUUUUUCCUUCUCUCUUCUACGUCUGUGAUUGUUUUGAUGGUUAAUAUGUUGUGUUUAUGCUUUCUACACAUCACUCUAGAAACAAAUUUCCUCUUUGAGGACAAAUAAAUGAUCUCUGACGCCAUCUGAACAAAACUCGCAACUCCGGAAGACUCUUCUUCAAUGUUUACACUAGUUUUCAAAAUAGCGUUCUGUGCGCCAUCAAUCUCACCCCGUUUCCGGACACGUGAUCUGAAGCUAAAAUUUAAUUAGACGGCCCGAUAGGAAAAAAAAAAAUCAACAUACUACUGUUUAGAUUCAAGGCCCUUUACACCGUGUGUGUGGAGUUUUUAUGUUCUCCCUGUGCUGCGGGGGUUUCCUCCGGGUACUCUGGUUUCCUCCCCCAGUCCAAAGACUUGCGUGAUAGACUGAUUGGCAUGUCCAAAGUGUCCAUAGUGUAUGAAUGGGUGUAUGAAUGUGUAUGUGAGUGUGCCCUGUGAUGGAUUGGCACCUGGUCCAUGGUGUAUGCUGCCCCAUGCUCCCUGUGAUAAGCUCCAGGUUCCCCACUACCCUGUAGGAUAAGUGGUAUAGAAGAUGGAUGAAUGUGGUUUAGUGCGCAGCCCUACAGCUGCUGUGAUGGUGUAUUGUCAUUUCAGAAAAUGGCCACGAGGAGGCGCCCUUAUUCACUUAUUACAUAUUCUGCCUUCAGCAAGACACACCCUUUUUCAAAGCUUUCAGUGACCAUUCCCAACAUUCCCUCUCACUCUCUCUAUUUUUCAGACACAGAUGUCAAAUAUCUUUUUACCACUAUAUUUAGUGGUCAGAGGAUUUCAGGCUAUAUCCGACUAUAUUUUAUCUCUUGUGUAGAAUCAGAAUAUUGCUCCUAGAUUAGGUAAUGACACAUAAUGGUGUUGAAUUAUGUCAUUCAUUCGAGAAUCUCUUUUGUCCUACAGGCCAGCUAUCCCUUACAUAUACUCACAACUGGCUCUGUCUGAAGACGUGUCACAGUGAAUUUGACAAAAAAGGUUCAUUCCAGUAUGCUCAGAUCAGUGUCAGACAAACAGUGCUGAAACUUAACUCUGCAUGUUGUUAACCUCAGUUCAUCCAUUUAUCUCGAUACUUAAGCAGUGGUGUACAGUAUGGUGGUGCAGCGGGUAAUGUUGCUGUCUCACCGCUCUACAGUUCGAUCCUAAUCUCGGAUUACUGUCUGUGUGGUGAUUCACACAUUCUCUCCAUGUCAGUAUUGGUUUCCUCCAGGUUCUUCGAUUUCCUCCCACCUCUCAAAAACAUGCAGAUGCUAAAUUGUCCCUAGGUGUGAAUGUGUGUGCACGGUGCCCUGCAAUGGACUGGUGUCCCAUCCAGGGUGUAUUCCCACUUUACAUCCAGUGAUCCAGGGAUUGGCUGUGGAUACACCAUUACCCUAACUAGGAUAAAGCAUUUACUGAAGAUGAAGUAGUGGUAGUUUUAUCAUCAUCAUCAUCAUCAUCAUCAUUGUUGUCAUGUAUUUAACCGUAUAUGAAUUUAAAAUGUUUAAAAGGUUUGCUACAGUAUGCAGAGAUUUGUACAAUGUGUGGAGUUCAUGUUAAAACAUUUUCUCUCAGUUUAGUGAGGUGGGUGGAAGGCAGACAGUGAGAGAAUGAGCUGUAGUAGGUGCGAGCUCUCAGAAUCCACUCAACCUGUAAACAUUAACACCAUUCCAGUUCGAGAAAGACAGAAGUAGGUGUAAAUAAGUAUCGCAGUGACUGUAAUUAAAACCUGACAAUGCUAAAGUUCCUCUUAAACCUGGUAAAAGUGCAGAAGGCAUGGACAUUCAGAGAGCAAAACCUUAAAUAGAUGUUUUGUGUUUUAAAACAGAAAGCUGUACAAGUCUACAGACUGAGUAGUAACUGAAUGUAAGAAAAGAAUAUUGUCAAGAAUUUUCCCAAUUAAACUGCUGCGUAUGAUUUUUUAUAUGAGAUGAUGCAUGUUUAAAAUGACUGCAGUUAUUGCAGAUUCAGAUGGUCCUCCUAAUUCAUGCAUUUGGGGUCUCCUUGUCUUUUACUGCACAAUGUAAUAUAAUGGACUUCAGACAGCAUACGCCUCAGUUUCAGGCCCAGGUAAAAAUAUCCAUCCGAGUUGGAGGGCAGCCAAAGAGUCCAUUUCCCGGCUAAGAAAAUCAGUAUUUCAAUGCAGGCAGUGGUGUCGGCACAGUACGAGCAUUUUUAAAGAGGCCAGUUGCUUUUCAUCAGACACAGACAAGGACGUCGAAGAUUUUUCUCUGUAACAGUUGCAGCCUACACCACUAAUAAUGUUGAAAUAUGAUUGAAAUGCAGUGAAGACUGGACUCUGACAAGACCCAUCAUUUUUCAGUUCAACAGAUCAGUUGGUCUUAUCGUGGCUGUACUGGCUGCAGAAGUCAGGAACCUGUGACUCCUUUGCACGUGUCAGCAUUUUACGUGGCAUUGUAGCUGCUCCUCCCUUCUCAGACCAUGAGUGCUGGAAUAAAACCAGUGUCUCAGGAUCACAGUGGCUCUGGGAUCCCUCUGCCCCGGACCAUGAGCACCUUCUCCAAGCAGAACACCAAGUGCUCAAGCAAAAGCUUCCUGAGUUCACCUGCUCAAUAUCAACCAGGUGGACGAAUGGCUUCCUUCCCUUCCUCUACCUCCAGCACUGCUAACUCUAAAGAGCUGCUCAAAGAAGCUUCAUCAAGGAUUCAGUACCAACUGCAGAGAUCGACUCCACUCAAGACCUCAUUUAACCACAUGACUGGUUCUCGCUCUGCCUACAGUAGCCCACAGGUUCCUAAAAGGGAUAUGGUACGUUCCAAAGACACGCUGGACCUCCGUAGAGUCCCUGUGUCCCAGGACAGGUUUGGAGACUUGACCAGGAAUGGCAACAAAAACUGGAAAAGUAAUCAAGUACAGUUCAAGAGUCUGGAUAAUGCAGAUGCUCCAUCAUCUUCCUGCAUGGUGAUACAGGGGAUCCAGACAGGGAAAGCUCGUCUCAGACCAACCAAUGGGAAUUUGAUUUGGGGAUCGUCUGCUGGUAAUCGACCAGGCUUUAACAAGCAAAGAAUCAAAUUUAAAAAUGGAAGCACUGAGAAAGACAUGAACUCUUGCAAACGUACACCACAGAAAACUGUAGGAAGUGAAUCACCUCGUAUGGCUGCAGUGGCACCUUUCAGAUUCAAGCUUCAGGUUCAGGAGGAUACAGACAUGUCCUCUUUGGAGGAUGUGAGUGACUGCUCCUCUGAUUCCAUGGAAGUGUGCUGUGAAGAUUUGGAUCGAGAGUCUCAGAGGAAGCGUACCGUUCAGAAUGUUCUGGAUCUCCGGCAGAACCUGGAAGACACCAUGUCCAGUCUGCGAGGGACCCAACUCAGCCAUGGUUGCCUGGACAGUAGCAUGUGCUAUGACAGUGAUGACACCAAUGCCCGUAGUGUCUCCAGCCUCUCCAACCGCUCCUCUCCACUGUCCUGGCGUCAUGGCCAAGCCAGCCCCCGUCUGCAGGCUGGCGAUGCCCCCUCUUCCACUGGUUACCCACUGGGUUCAAAAGCAUCCCAGUACACCUCUCAUACCAUGCCUGCCCGCUGCUCGAGCCGCCUCAGCAACACCUCCCACAUUGAGCUCAUCGAGAACCUGGACACAGGAGAUGGCGACCUCAAAUCUGGCUACCUGAGCGAUUCUGACCUAAUGAGCAAGAGUCUGAAUGAGGAUGAUGAUGAUGACGAUAAUCUUGCCAACGGGUGGGAUGAGAGCAGCUCCAUCAGCAGUGGUUUGAGUGAUGGCUCUGAUAAUCUGAGCUCAGAGGAUCUGAAUGCUAGCUCCUCACUGAACUCACUACCCACUACACCAGUCGGCUCCCGACGGAACUCCUCCAUAAUGCUGCGUACAGAUGCAGAGAAGCGCUCUCUGGUGGAAAGCGGCCUUGCUUGGUACAGCGAGGACAAGGCCUUGCAGAAAGCAGACAGUGGAGCCUAUGAAACCGGCAGCCUGAAGACCGAGUCCUCUAGCAAAUACAGAAAGAGCAGACCAGCAGAGGGCGCUGCGCAGGAGAAGACCCCGAGACGAGAGCUGAAAAAGCCACAGAGCCUGGGACAGCCAGGCAGCUUCAAAAAGGGCCAGACUCCUCCAGUAGGCGUCACAUCUCCCAUCACACACACGUCACAGAGCGUGCUGAAAGUGGCAGCUAAAGGAGACACCAAGGUUGUAGACAAGCAGAAGUUAUCCCUGAAGACUUCAGGCCUGCAGCGUUCCCGCUCUGAUGCAGGUCGGGACAGUGUUGAGCACCGGAAACCCCCCUCAGGCCUCGUCAAACCCACUGCAGGCAGCUUUGGCUACAGGAAAACACCGACCACUGGCACGGCCACCGUAAUGACAGCAGGAGGUGCCACCAUCUCCAGUGGGUCAGCCACAGUAGGCAAAACUCCUAAGUCCUCAGGCAUCCCCACCAAACCUGUGCCUGGAGGAGGAAGCCGAAAGAACAGCCUGGAUGCCAGCAACGGUGAGAACGGAUUCCUUGCACCAAACGCCCGUGGCAGCAUUCAGUACCGAAGCCUCCCUCGUCCCGCCAAGUCCAGCGCUAUGAGUUUAACGGGGCGAGCUGCCUCUCGUCCUGUUAGCAGCAGCAUUGAUGCCAGCCUCCUUAGCCUCAAGCCCAUGCCCACUUUACCUGCUACCAUGCCUACCAGAGGAAAGGAUGGCGGUAGCACAAAGGCAGGCAGCCGCAUUAGCAGUAUCGGGCCUGUUAACCAGACAGACAAGGAGAAGGAGAGGGCCAAGGCCAAAGCGGACCUGGAGAACAUCUCUCUGAAGAGCGAGAACCAAAGAGAGAGCUGUGGAGAGAAUGCAGAGCAGAUCCACAGGACACGUAGGACCAGCACAAGCAAAUACCCAGAACUGAGUUCUCCAACUACCACACCAAGAAUGCUGGCCAAGUCUCUCGCUCACCCUCCGAGCCUGGCUCACCUAGACAAGCUGAACUCCAACAGCCUAGACUCGUGUGUGACUAUCGAAGACCUUCCCCCAAAGAUUCCUCCCUACUCCAAGCUGCAGGACCUGGUGGGCUCACGCGUUCCCUGCCGCCUCACACCCAGCCCAGCUCCAGUGCUCAACAUCGACUCGCCAAGCUGCUUCUCGGGUCAGCCUCUUUCACUGAGCAGCUCCCCCCUCCUAUACCCCAAGAUGUCUGGUGUCCACCGCAGCAUGGAGUCACUGUCUCUGCACAUGAGCCUGCCACCCAGUGUGGAUCUCGGGGACCAGGUGGAGGCCACAGGCAGGACUAUGGGCACAUGGGGAGCAGGCACUCGCACAUCGGUCACCUUGAAUGACAGUUUACAAACUGACAGGAACACCUUACCCAAGCAAGGAUUAAGUCGCUAUAGCAGUAGCCAAUCAGAAGUAGAGGGGAAGGAGCGCCGCCACUCCCACACGAUAAUGAGCAUGACCGAGUCCGAGAGCCCACCCCAACUCCCAUCACCCACUCACUUGAGCCAAUCCUUUGCUGGCAAAACACCACCCACCAAUGUGGUGGCUCCCAUUACAAGCUCAAGCACCACCCCUCGCAUCACUCGCUCCAACAGUAUUCCAGCCAAUGAGGGCAGCUACGACCUGUAUGCAAGUUCCCCACUGGGAAGCUCCAUGUCGCUGGCCGACCGGCCUAAGAGCAUGAUGCGCUCUGGAUCCUUCCGGGAGCCUGGAGAGGAUGUACAUGGUUCUGUCCUAUCCCUGGCCUCCAAUGCAUCAUCUAACUACUCAUCAACAGAGGAGAGAAUGCAGGGAGAGCAAAUCCGAAAACUACGGCGUGAACUUGAAGCAUCUCAAGACAAAGUGGCGAACCUGACGAGUCAGCUAUCCGCUAACGCCAACCUGGUCGCAGCUUUUGAACAGAGUCUGACGCUUAUGACCGCUCGCCUGCAAAGCCUGUCUGUCAGCUCUGAGCAGAAGCAGGCAGGCCAGGACGUUGAGCUACAGGACCUGAGGGACACCAUUGAUAUAUUGAAAUCCAAGAACACCGAGGCCCAGGUUAUCAUCCAGGGUGCACUCAACACCCCUGAGUCCACACCCAAAGAACUACAGAUUAACAGGCAGAACUCAUCUGAGAGCAUUGCCAGCAUGAACAGUAUCACCAGCCAUUCCAGCUUGGGUAGCCUGAAGGAACAGGAUGCCAAGAAAAAGAAGAAGAAAAGCUGGUUGAGAAGUUCCUUUAACAGGGCUUUCUAUAAGAAGGGCUCCAAGUCGUACUCGGAUAUUGAGGAAAUUGCCACCCCAGAGUCCUCAACUCCUUCGUCCCUGAAAAUCCAUCACGAUGUGGAAAAAACACCAUUCUCUAUAAAUCCAUCCACUUCUGCCUCCUCCUCUGUACUGGGCGAUAGCAGCGACGGCACAGAAACCGAAGAGAAGGUGGUGUCUGAGCUGCGCUCUGAACUCUGGGAAAAGGAACGCAAACUUACAGAUAUCCGGCUGGAGGCCCUUAGUUCUGCUCACCAGCUGGAGCAGCUACAGGAAGCCAUGAGCAAGAUGCAGAUGACUGUAGAAAAUCUGAAGGCAGAAAACGACCAGUUGAAGACUGGUGUCUCCAGACCUCCAAGCUCCACUUCCCAGUCGUCUGGGCUGGGCUCAUUGGGCACCUUGUCACCACGGCAAUCUGUGGCAUCUCUUAGCAAAACCUUUAGCAUGGGAGCAACUGAAAGCUUAAACACAGAUGUAUUUCACAGUCCUACCUCGACCCUGCAGAAGGAUGAGAGCAUUGUCAGAGUGCUAGUGCGCAUACCCAACCAGCAAGUCUUUAAUGAGGAGGUUAAGCAACUGGAAUUCUUCAUUGGCAUGGUCAAGCUCAGUGGGCCGACUGAUUGGAGCACGCUCGACUCUGCCAUCUGCCAAGCUUUUAAAGACUACUUAUCAGUGGUGGACCCGAGCUCCAGCCUGGGCCUGUCUCAGGACUCCAUUUACAGCUACAGCCUCAGUCAUCUGAAGAGAGUGCUAGGAGCUCAGCCACCCGAGACUCCACCAGUACGCUGCCUUAGCAAGAGUUCCACCUGCAUUAACGUGGCUCUCAAAGGUCUGAAGGAGAAGUGCGUGGACAACGUGGUGUUUGAGACGCUCAUCCCGAAGCCUAUGAUACAGCACUACAUUAGUCUGCUGCUGAAGCACCGCCGCUUGAUCCUGUCAGGGCCCAGCGGCACAGGGAAGACUUACCUCUCCUCCCGCCUCGCCGAAUACCUGGUGGAGCGCAGUGCACGAGAGAUCACCCCUGCCAUCGCAGUCUCUUUCAACAUGCACCGUCAAACCUGCAAGGAUCUCCAACUUUACCUGUCCAAUCUGGCCAAUCAGAUUGACCGGGAGACUAGUACAUCUGAAAUCCCACUUGUUCUCGUGCUUGAUGAUGUACAUGAUGCUGCAUCCAUCAGUGAAUUAGUUAAUGGUGCUUUAACAUGUAAAUAUCACAAAUGUCCAUACAUUAUAGGGACCACAAAUCAACCAGUGAAGAUGACCCCCAACCACAGCCUGCACCUUAGCUUCAGGAUGGUUAUGUUCUCCAAUAACGUGGAGCCAGCCAACGGCUUUCUAGUGCGCUACCUGCACAGGAAGCUAAUGGAAGCGGAGGACCCCAGAAGAUUGACAAAUGAGGAUCUCCUGCGGGUGCUAGAUUGGGUGCCCAAGCUCUGGUACCACCUCCACACUUUCCUGGAGAAGCACAGCACCUCUGACUUCCUCAUUGGGCCAUGUUUUUUCCUGUCCUGUCCAGUGACAGUUGAGGAGUUUCGCUGUUGGUUCAUUGACCUGUGGAACCACUCAAUCAUUCCUUACCUGCAGGAGGGAGCCAAAGAUGGUAUCAAGGCACAUGGUCAGAAGGCAGUGUGGGAGGACCCAGUGGAGUGGGUGCGGGAUUCUCUCCCUUGGCCGUCUGCCCAGCAGGACCAGGCCAAGCUCUUCCAUCUGCCUCCACCCAGCACGGGGCCAGCCAGCCCUAGUCAAGUUGGAGACGAACGGCCCCACAAAGAAACACCUCCCAGCUCGAUGGAGUCAGACCCACUGAUGGCAAUGCUGCUAAAACUGCAGGAGGCAGCCAAUUAUAUUGAAUCGCCAGAAAAAGAGGCAGAGCCUAAACUGCCCACGCUAUGAACACAAAUACAUACUGAGCCUUCACUGAUCUCUUUCAUCUCUCCAGUGGUUCUGACAAAACACCGAGGUCCUAAUGCAAACUCCUGAAAUAUACGUUCAUGUCAUAAAUUACUAAAAAUGUCUGUAUUCUUCUAACAGAGAACAUACGCCAUUUUUUUUUCUUGGUUGGCUCACCUUGUUUUGCUUUCCUGUUUAUAUAAUAAUGUAUGUACAUUGCAAGAAUAUUUGUUAUAAAAACGUGUCAUAAAAGCCAAUAGCUACUUUUAGUCACAACCAAAUAGGUACUUUUCUUACAAACAGAAAUAUAUAUCGCUUGUACCUGCAGAUCCUAUACACGAUACAGUUUACAUACAGCAUAAUCAGUAUAUGUUUUUCUUUUCAUGAGCAUUUACUGUUCCACUGCUGCCCACAGUACAACUCAAGGAAGCAGGUGUUGACUGCUAAUUGCUAGUAUGCACAACUUGCAUUCACCUCACAGCUUCUGAACAGAGAAAAUCCAAUCCAAUUGAGCGCCAUCUCUAUGUGCAGACCUUCGCAGUGAUGAGUAUGCGGCAGCGCUGCUGCUGAUCAAGCACGUCUGCCUGGCCGUACAUUUCAGUGAUCGCCUACCCAAAAUUUAAACUGCAUGCUAAAGCCUAUGAUUGCUUUGAACCAUAGAAACACCUUGGAUGUCUUACUUUCUUUUUUUCUGCCAUAUCAUUUUGGCAAACAUGAAAACAUAAAAAAUGGCAAAGUAGAAUGCCAUAAAAAUUCAAAGUCCUGCAAAGUGUGCCGUCCUGUCCCCUGUAGGGGGCAGUGUUCAUCUCAAAAUCUUCAUUGCCAUACUACUGGCAAUGCUGGGGAAGUCAGUAACAGCACUUCAACCAUACAUAGCAAAGAGUAUAGAGACCUUUCAUACAGAUUGCAGUAGCCGAAUGCUAUUUCUGUAAGCUCUCUAAACAGCAUAACUAUUCUGUAUUCUUUUUAUGUAACAGUACUGUAGUUAGAUUUUAUUCGGCUUUGAAACUAAUCUCAGCUCAGGGGGUGGGUAAUCUCAGGCAUUCACAUAUGAUUAUUUAAUAUUGCUGUACUCUUGGUUAAAGGCUCUCUUGUAGCAUAUGGUGCAAAUAUCUCAAAAUGCAAAAACCAAAUACUCAAGUGUUCAGACCUGCUCCGUACCAGCCAGGUGUUCAGAGUAGGAAACUGCCCCUACAGAUGUGCAUUAAGAGCUAAAAGAGAACUCUAGACAAGCGUAAGAUUAUGUUUGGAUUUAUUUGGUGCUAUCAAACAUCACCCACCUCUAGGAAAAUGACUUUUCCCAUACAGUGGUCUUAUAUUUAUAGGUGCUUUAUCUCAGUAAAAUAGCCUUACGUUCUCAUAGCUUACAAUGGCAUCUCCAUGAAGUAACUACCAGACACAAACUAUCCAUCCAAUAACAUUAUCUGCCUCUUUAUGCGCUCCUUUCUACUUCAAAUGGCAGUGGCACAUCUUAACGUUAUUCUUCCGAAACUUAUCAUAAGCAUAUCAUAACAGUAUUUUUCUGGUAAUGAAACUAAAGGUGAAGUUGCGUGCUCCUUCAUCCGAAGAUCUGACCUUAGGCCCUGUAGUAAAAAUAUGAGGCAUGAACUUUGAUAAGCUUGGCUAGGAAUGUAACUGCAUAAAACUAGAGGAUGUGCAAUUGCUCAAAAUAAGCAGUGGUGGACCAGUAAUUUCCCUCACCUUUACCAGAAAACACAAAGCAUAUCAAUAUAUGCAUGUUUACAGGCAAAACUGAUUUGAGUGGAUCAGUUGUAAAAUUCGCAUCAUUCCAAAUGGUUUCUGCAUUGAUAUUUUUAUUUUGCCUUAAACACUGUAUUCUGUCAAUCUUCAUCAAUGUAAAUAUGUCACUGACAGAAAAUGGGGGGGAAAGGGUCUUUAAAUGGUCAUAUAGGGUUUUGUUAUCUAGAUCAGUAAAAAGUGCCACAAAAUUCUUUAGAUAGGUAUUACUUAUAUUCACAUACAGUAAGAUUGUCUAUUUCUGAGGUUUCUUUGCGCUGCUAUUCCCAACCUGCUGUGGGAGAUUUCCAUUUAAUUACAUCCCUUAAGACUUACGACAGCUUGUCAAGGCUUUAUUUGCCAAGCCCAUGCAAUGGCUUUCUUUCCGAUAAAAAGAUUGGAGGACUUCAGGUCCCAUUUGCUAAUCUAUAUUUUAUUUUAAAAAUGUUAUGAGGAUAGAUUGGUCUUUAUAAUGUAACUGUAUUAUUGGUAAUUUGCCAUAAAAUUGAAUGACCACUGGGAAAAUAUGGCUUAAUCCAAUGGGCACAUUUGACAUUUUUUUCUUCAUGUGUUUUGUCUUGCUUUGAUGCAACAGAUGAGAAAGAAAUGAAGUAUUGCCCAGCCAUUAAUUAUACCUGUGCCUCAUGUUUGCCCCUGUAUGGAAUAGGAUGUUGGUAACAGAAGCCAUUGUGCUCUGUCUGCAUCACAUCUCUGGUUCAUGUGCCUGUAACUGUGAUGGCUGUGUUGUGUUGUGCUGUGUCUCCCUAACAGGACUAUUCAACAACUUACUGUUGACUUUGACUGGUGAAGAGGGAGGAUGAUAGUGACACUGUUUGUUGUUGGGUUUUUUUGGGGGUUUUUUUUUGUAUUUGUUCUCUCUCUCAGUCCCACUUACAAAUGUUCUCAACUGCAAUACAUCUAAGAUAGAUUACCACACACACUAUACUACCUGCCCGAGUAGUGAUCAUUAUUGGUCAUUGUAUUGGAGAAUUUUGAGAGCAUUACAUUUGUACCAUGUAGUUCUCAAAUUAUAUCUCAAACCCUUGAGAUUUUUCUAUGUUGGCCAAAGUUAUACUACAAAUAUCCUUUGAUGCAUCAGAUCUGCUCGAAUUACUUAUUGAAGUGUAGAACUAGAUUUUUGUCCAGUUUGUUUUACACAAAACAGUGGGUUAGGAUAAUAAUCCUGGGUCACAAGUUGUUGAACAGUCCAUAGAUUUCAUGCAAUGCUUGUUAUUGAUUCAAAACUAAAAUAGUCUACUAUCAAAGGUAUGGUAUCUAAUGUAACUUGCAAUGUGCAAUAGAUGUGCAAUGGGUUUCUAAAUGUUGUAAAAGCAUGUCACCUUUUGUGUGAAAAAGAAUUUGGGAAUGGUCUACCUAAUGUCUGGCCAUUAUAAUAGGAUAUAGCCUUCUUGUUUGUAAUUUUCCCCCAGAUAAUUGUUUAAACCAAUUAUUAUUAAUUUUUUUUGUACAUAAUGUCAUAACUGUAUACAUUGUAAAUAGCCAAGUCAUUUGCGACAACAAUCAUUUAGGUUCAGAAAACUAGUAGAGAAAUGUGGUUUGUAAAAGAGGAACUGUUUGUCUGGAGUGACCCUGUAAACCUGUGGGGAACUGGCAUGCUUUCAGAAGUCUCUGCAUAACCACAAGUCCAACGUUAUUCAUCCGCCAUAAUAAAA